AUGUGGCCGAUGGACCCGAAGCCGAAGUUAACGAAAGAUGAUAAAGGUGAGUGCGUGGAUGCAACCAUGUAUCGACGCCUCAUUGGUAGCCUUCGUUACUUACUUCACACAAGACCCGACUUGGGAUACUCGACUGGAGUGCUGAGCAGGUUUAUGGAGAAGCCAAAGUUGUGUCAUCUUCAAGCUUUGAAGCAAGUUUUACGGUAUGUAAAAGGGACUGUUGGGUUUGGUUUAAAAUAUCGCAGAGGAGGUGAUGGUAAACUGCUGGGGUACAGUGACAGCGGUCACGGUUUGGAUGACGGCAGAAGUACUACUGGUAUUGUGUUUUAUCAUUCAAACAAUUUAAUCACUUGGGCUUCGCAGAAACAAAGGACAGUGGCGUUGAGCUCUUGUGAAGCAGAAUUUAUGGCUGCUACCUCAGCCACUUGUCAAGCCUUGUGGCUGAGAAAUUUGUUAAGUGACCUGACAGGAGAGGCACCUCAGCAGGUGAAAUUGUUAGUUGAUAAUGAGUCAGCGAUAGCCUUAAUGAAAAACCCAGUGUUCCACGGACGCAGCAAGCAUAUCGACACGAAGUAUCAUUUUAUUCGGGAAUGUAUAGAGCGGGGGCAGAUUCAAGUACAACAUGUUAGCGGGGAGCUUCAAAAGGCUGAUACAUUGACGAAGGCACUACCUCGAAUCAAGUUCGGGGAGAUGAGAGCACUGUUGGGGAUUGAAGAUCUUGGCGACCCGGUUCAACAUUAA